GGACAGGUCAAUGGUUUUCUGCGCGUGCAGUUGCAUUCCCCGACUUUUCUAAGGUGGGGCGGAUUUCUAUUUUCAAAAAUCGUACUUGAAAAAGUGGGUUCCACUAGUAAUUUCUUGUUGGCUGCGUCAUCGUAGAAAUAAGGUCUGCUUCUGACGAUAGAAUAUACCCUCAACAUGAUGAUGGUCCCGAAGCAGACUCAAAGCCACGCGUUGCGAUCGUUUUUUCCAACUACCACGCGGUGUUUUCUAACCUCCGCCAAGGCAGAACAGAACUCAAAAUGGACUAUUCGACCAGGCUCUGAGCUUUCUCGGAUGGUCGUACCGUCUCACGGUCCCACGUGCUGCUGUGAAAUCUGCAUUCGUCCUAACGAUGUGCAUGGACGCGUCGGUUUUUCCGCUACGACUCCUCUUGCUAGGAGCAUGAAAACAAGUUCGAUACAUUACCGUGGUACUGCUGCACCAGCCGCGACGAUUCGGCUUUUCUCGUCAAGCGUUGGUGCCGCAGCCGGCAGUUCAAACAAGUACUUGAAGGAGCCCAAGGAAAUCGAUAUGAAUGACAAGCUCCGCAAGGGGCUCUCCUGGCGCGCUAAGCAACGAGGAUGGCUCGAGCUCGACUGGCUCAUCGGGACUUUUGCCCAGAAGCACCUUGCGAAUCUCUCAGAAGAAUUAUGAUUCAAUGACUAGUUUUUCCUGUUCUUAUGUGAUCUCAAACACCUUUGUUGUACUUGUACGUGUACUCCACCACCGUAUGUACUUAUACUAUGAUUAAUGCCCUGCCUAAGUUAGUAACUCCAUGGUCUACACCUACUCCACUUAGAAGUCCUCCUUUCAUACGGCGAAUGCACAUUGUUCGAACAAAUUUUGGAGCUGGAUAACCCCGACUUAUUUCAGUGGCUGUCAGCGCAGGCUCCCGCACCAGCAAACAUGUUGGAGAAUAAGGUAUACUUGAUGCUGGCGGAGUACGUAAACGUGGAGCAUCCAGACAUCAUGAGGAAGAUGAGCAAGCAAAACCAGAACUUGGUGUAAUACCCUCUUGAUCUUUCAGCAACAAGUCGUGCCCUUGCUAGGAUCAUGCUUGUCUGGUAUUUUUGUUGAAAGAGACAAUCAACGCUUUCGUUUAGUAACUAAUAAAACGUGCGUCCAGCUCCAGCAAGGUUAGACCAAAGUAGCAAGUUAAAAGAAUUUUUCAAUAUCAACAGGACAUUUUCAGCUAUUCGUCUACAACAAGUUGGCGACUUGAAUCACUAAGGAAAAACUCAUGGUGUUGCCGGCCCGUCGACAAUUUGAUCUUAACGAGAAAAUGACGGUUUUAAUUACAUGAAAGUACAACGUGUGCAGACAAAAAAUUUUACAGUAAGCAGAAGUAGAGUAAAGCAGCAAAGACUGCAGAGCAGAA